AUGAGUUCAGACGAUAUUGCAGCACAAAAUGUGCAGAUAUGGAAGAUGAAGAGGGUUAUUCGCUGGUUGGACUCUGUCAGAGGUAACGGUACCUCGAUGAUCAGUUUGAUCUCAAACGGUAGAGCACAAAUAUCUCAACUCAGUGGUAUGCUUACGCAGGAAUACGGUACUGCUUCAAACAUUAAAUCACGUGUUAAUAGACUCUCUGUUCUAGCUGCCAUCACUUCCACUCAGCAGCGUCUCAAGCUCUAUACUCGCAUGCCCAACAAUGGUUUAGUUCUCUUCGUAGGCACAAUCGUCACCGAUGACGGUAAAGAGAAGAAGGUCUCUAUUGACUUCGAACCUCACCGCCCUAUAAACACCUCCCUUUACCUUUGCGAUAACAAGUUCCACACAGAAGCCCUACAGGAGUUGCUCGAAUCUGACACAAAGUUUGGUUUCAUCGUUAUGGAUGGUAGUGGCUCCUUGUUUGGUACACUCGCCGGAAACACUAGAGAGGUUAUUCAGAAGUUUACCGUUGAUCUACCAAAGAAGCACGGACGUGGUGGUCAAUCUGCCAUGCGUUUCUCCCGUCUCCGUGAUGAAAAGCGCCACAACUACGUUAGAAAGGUUGCUGAGUUCGCCACUCAGCACUUUAUUACUAAUGACAAGAUCAAUGUUGCUGGUUUGGUCCUCGCUGGUAGUGCAGACUUUAAGACUGAAUUGAGUCAAUCGGAUCUCUUUGACCCAAGAUUGGCGACAAAGAUUGUUAAAAUUGUGGAUGUUUCUUACGGUGGUGAGAAUGGUUUCAACCAAGCAAUCGAUUUAUCUUCCGAGUCAUUGCAGAAUGUUAAAUUCGUACAAGAGAAGAAGCUUAUCUCAAAGUACUUUGAUGAAAUUUCCUUAGACACUGGUAAAUUCUGCUUUGGUAUUGAGGAUACGUUACGUGCAUUAGAUCUUGGUGCUGUCAAGGACUUGAUUGUGUUUGAGAAUCUUGAAGUCACUCGUCACAAGCUUCGCAAUGCUGCAGGCGAAGAAGUUGUACUUCACGUAAACAAAGGACAGGAAGACGAUCGUUCAAAGUUCACUGAUCCUUCAACUGGUUCUGAAAUGGAGCCAAUCGGUGAACCACAAUCUUUGUUAGAAUGGUUUGCAGAGAAUUACAAGGAAUUUGGUGCAAACUUGGAAUUUGUAACUGACAAAUCGCAAGAAGGUGCUCAAUUUGUUCGCGGAUUUGGUGGUGUAGGUGGUCUACUCCGUUAUAAGGUCGACUUGGCACACCUUGCCGCACUCGAUGAAGAUAUGUCAGAUGAAUUCUACGACUCAGAUGAUGAAUGA